AAAUAAUAUGAGUUAAUUUUAAAGAAUGAAUAGAAAACUUGAUGAAGGAUGGAAAUUAACCACAAUGGUUUGUGAAUGUAAGGGAACAUUAUUAAUAUUUUUGGAAAACAGAAAUUUAUAUUGUCCCAAAUGUGAUAUAAUUACUUAAGAUUAAGUGAUUUUAGAUUAAGACCAUUAAGAUACUUAAAUAAAGGUAAAUCAAAGUGGAUCAGAAUCAAAACCAGAGAUUAUUCAAUAAAAGAAUAGCAAAGAUUAUGAUUCAGAUGAUUUCUAUAUUGAUGAUUAGGUAGAAGAUAUUAAUUAAAGAUUAUUUUUAAAUAAAGCAGCAGCUGAUGAAGCAUCUAAAAAAAUAGGUUAAUUACUUUUAUAAGGAUGGGCAAUGCUUAGUGAGUCUUGUAUUGUUUGUUUAUAACCAAUCAUGAAAAGUAAGUAAGGUGUAAGAUUAUGUGUGUAAUGUAAUCGAGAAGAAAAACCACAUUAAACUAAAGUAUAAGAAGUUAAAUCUUCAGUUCCAUAAGAAAAAGAUAUUUCUACAUUACCAAUCUAAACAUCCUAAUUAUAAAGUGGCUAAAUCAAAUAAGAAAAAUAAACAUAAGAAAUUAUAAAUUAACCAUAAUUAGAAUUGAAAAUUGAAACAAAACCGAUUGAAAUUAGCAACUUAGAAUAACUUAAGGAACAUGCUUAAAUAUUAGUUUCAUCAUAGUUAAGAAAUUAUUAUGAUAAAUUAUAAUAAUCUGUCAAUGAUGUUAAUUUUUAUAACUUAAAUUUCAUAUCUGAAGAAAUUUUAAAAAUUGAAUAAUAAGUAGGUUCAACUUUAAAUAAAAAUGCAGAAUUAAUGAAUGUCAGAAUUUAAACCUUGAAAAUUUUAACAGAUAUCCAUGAUAAAUUAAUUUAAUAAAAUUCGUUUGAAAGAGCUUCAAAAUUUAUGGGAAUUAUUUUAAUGAUAUAUAAUAUUGUAUAAAAAUAAUGA